UGGUUGCGGUAGCAUUGUGGGGAGCUGAACUAGCAAACAAGCGAGUCGUGUUUUAUUCGGACAAUAUGGCCGUGGUGCAGGCAAUCAACAGUUUGUCGGCAUCUUCGCUUCCAGUCCUAUGCCUACUACGGCAUUUGGUGCUCCUCUGCAUGUCUUCCAAUUUAGUAUUCAGGGCUAGACACAUUCCGGGAUUCUCAAAUGUGGUGGCUGAUGCGCUUUCUCGUUUUCAGUGGGAUCGUUUUCGGGAAGCGGCUCCAGAGGCACGGGAAUGCGGGCAGGCUUGCCCAGACGAGAUGUGGCGACUCGGGACAUCGUGCUUGGGGAAUACAUAAAGAAAUCCUUGGCACCGAGCACGUGGUCAUCUUAUGCUAAGGUUUGGAAGGAAUGGGAGGAAACGGUUGAGGAGGUAGGUGGGGACCUUUCGGAGGGCCAUAGGCUGGAUGUCUUCCUAUGGUUGUUGUGCCGGUUGUUUGCAAAGGGGGCUUCGCCGGCCAUGGUGGACAGGCAUAUGUCCGCCUUGGCUUUCUGGUUUAAAUUUCAAGGGUGGGAAGAUUUGACAAAGCAUUUCUUGGUUCGACAGGCGGUUCGGGGUUUUCGGAGGGGGAAGACGUCGACGGACGUUAGGAGACCGGUGUCUUUUGCGGUCUUACAAGGUUUGGUGGGAAAGUUACCGGAGUUAUGUUCCUCGCCAUUUGAGGUGGUCCUUUUUUCUGGUGCGUUUGUCUGGGCGUUUUUUGGGGCGUUUCGGAUCGGGGAGCUGGUUAGCGCAAACAAAGUGGGAGUUGGUGGCUUGCAGCGCGAGGAUGUGGAAGUUAAGAGUGAUCGCGUGCAGAUUAGGUUGGGCCGAUCGAAAACUGAUGUUUUCGGCAAAGGCUGCUCCGUGGUGCUAUUCGAGUUGCCGGGAUCAGGGUUGUGCCCGGUGGCCUGCGGAUCAGGGUACCUGGGGAUCCGUCCUAACGUUAGCGGUUGUUUUUUCCUGCACGCUGACGGCACGGCGUUGUCACGGUUUCAAUUCAUUAGGAUUUUUCGUUUGGGCUUAGUGAAGCUGGGCCUGCAGCCCACGCAAUUCGGGUCGCAUUCGUUCCGUAUCGGUGCGGCUACAGAGGCGGCACGCUUGGGUUUGGGUGACGAGCGGAUCAAGAGGAUCGGACGGUGGGAAUCCGUGCGGUUUCGCUCGUAUGUGAGGCCCGACGGGAUGGUGGAGCUUUGAGGGGUUAAAUGGCCGGGACUGGGGGACAUUGGCUCUGCGGUGUAAUUAAUUUUGUCUCUUUUCAGGUUGGAAUGUUUGGUUGCUGGGACACUC